AUGGGGGCAAGAUUUGAUAGAGCUGUUGACAUGGAACCCACUGACCUCACUGAGUAUGCCACUAAAAUGUUGGAGGUCAGGGCUGAUGAAAGCAGAUUUUGCCAUGUUGUGGAAGCUGGUGGAGGGGAGUUUGAGGUGCUGGAUGAUCAUGUGCACUUCCCUAUUAGGCUAGAGACUAAGACAUGUGGUUGUGGCAAAUGGCAGGGCACUGGUAUACCCUGCAAACAUGGUUUGAGGGUUAUUUUGGACCAGAGGCUUAACCCACAUGACUAUGUCUCUGACUACUACAAGGGGGCUGCAUAUAAAGAGACCUAUGCAAGCCACAUACACCCAUGCCUGACUCCUCUCAAUGGCCUGAGUUUGAACUCCUAUAAUUCACCCUCCCCAUUCAAAAGAUGUGCUGGAAGGCCUGCUAAACAGAGGAGAGAGGUCCAAAUGAGAAGAAAAAAGGGAAGAGGAGCAACACUAUUAAGUGUAGCAAGUGCAAAGAAGUAG